AUGAAUUCCAGACGAAAACGCAAUUCUGGUAUAUUAAUUAGAUUUUAGGAGAACAUGAAAAAAAAAUUGAAAAUCCCCAAUUAUUAGCUCGAAAAGUGGCGACAAUUGAGGAUUUGGUGGAGCCGCGAAAGGUGAAACACACGAAUCAGGCGACGGCGGGAAUGCACGAAUGGAUUGGAGCACUGGACAAUGUGAGCAUUCAAACUGUAACCUUGGGCAUUUUUAGGCUGAAAAUUGUCAGAAUUCGACGAUGUUCAACAAAAAAUGCACCAGACCUCAGCCUGCUAAUCGAAAACAACAAAGUUUUUGCAGACGACAAUCAACCUGUCACUGGACGAGUUUAUGCGGCGUCCGAUGGUCCGUCAGUUGGCCAAAGAGAACGGAAUAAAUGAAAAACUAUUCAUGCGGGCGUUCAAAUCGUUCAGGGAAUACUGUACUCCCGACGAUUUUGUGAGUUUUGAAUAUGGAACAAACUUCCUUGAUCCGAAAGUUCCGUAUAUUUCAGCAACUAUCUGUGCUUUUUUUUUGCAGAGCUCCGUGGAUCCGGGCCUUCUCAUUUUGCUCAGCGACAUUUCGAAAGGAACAAAAGACUGCGAAAUGCUUUAUCCGUUCUUUUUGGAUCAUUCUAAACAGGUACAUUUUUAUACUUUAUUUUAACGAAUUUUUAUGUGAGAAAUAUGAAAAAUCCUCAUGUUUCAUAGGUAUAUCCGCAUCUGGAAGCGAUGGACGAUCUGCGAAUCAUCUCCGACCUGACACAGCCCCACAAUUGGUAUCCGGAGGCACGGACCGUCACCAGAAAGAUCGUUUUCCACGCGGGACCCACGAACAGCGGAAAGACCUAUCACGCACUCAAACGGUACGCUUUUUAGGGAUCUUUGGCCAUCAGUGGCGAAGAGUGCAAUACUUGAAGUCUACUAUAUGGAUUAUUUAGAAAACGUUUUGAAACCGAAACAUUUAUUAGAGAGCAACUUUUUAAAUCGAAACGGGGCUGAUCAAACGGCCUGGACUUUUGACCCAUUUGCAAUCUUCCGAUAGGACCGAAACUUCACAGGCUUCUUGGACUUGGAUUAAAGUAUACUGGGUCCAAGUGUCAGACCGAUCGGAUCACCCGGUCCCGAGAUGUACUGGUAUGAGGCUGAAAAGGCCGGGUUUUUGGCCGGUAAACUGCGGUCUCUUCGGCCUCCGAUCCACAUAUCUACGACCAGAUGAUCCGGUCGGUCUGUAACUUGGACCCAGUAUACUUCAAUCCAAGUUCAAAAAGUCUGCAAAGUUUGGGUUCGAUAGGAUCAUUCCAAGUGGGUCACUAUUAUUUUUUCAAUGUUUCGAUAAUCGCACUCUACCGAACUUUUCGCAAAAAUGACUGACCUUAUGUAUUAUAGGGGCAUCUCACAGAAAUGGCGCUCUGUUCGCAAUCUGGCCGAAUUUCUAGGCCGCGAAGUAAUUUUCCACUGAAAACGUGGCCUAACUUUUCAAACUUGGCCCCGAGGUCGCUCAAUUUGUACUGCAAAAAGAGUUUCUCAACAAAGCGCCAUUUCUGUGCGGUGCCCCUAUAAUACCAUAUAACUUUCUACUCUCUUCUAGCAUAAUUACCCACCUAUCGCAAUUCCUCUUUUUGACAUCUCUAUUUCCACGUACUUAACAGACGUAAUAAAAAAUAACAAAUAAAUUAAAAAAUAAAUUGAUAAAUUGAACCAUUUUUUCUUAUAAAGUUGAAACAGUAAGUGUGUUUUAACAACAAAUCCAAUUUUUCAGAUUCGGUGAGGCGAAAAGUGCCGUUUUUUGCGGACCACUGAAAUUAUUGGCGACCGAAGUGUUCAACCGGACCAAUUCAUUGGGAAUAGCCUGUGAUUUGGUCACCGGAGAGGAGAGAAGGUCUGGGAACAUUUCUUCGCAUUUUUUUCAAAUCAUUUUGCUGCUCUCCUGUUCAGAUUCGCAAAAGACAACCACCACCCGAGCCAGCACCUCUCUUCGACCGUCGAAAUGCUCUCAACGCAGAUGAGAGUCGAGGUACCGUUAUCCGGAAACACGGAAAAGUACAGUAAUCCCCCCCUCCUGCUGUAGGUGGCCGUCAUCGACGAAAUUCAAAUGUUGAGAGACGAGCAGAGAGGCUGGGCGUGGACGAGAGCACUUCUCGGAGCAGCCGCUGAUGAGGUUGGCGCCCUUUUUGCUGACAUAUCUAAAAAUCAACAAAAAAAACAUCAUUUUUCUUGCAGAUCCAUUUGUGCGGAGAGCCGGCAGCUAUUGAUAUUGUGAAAAAGCUGUUGGAGCCGAUCGGAGAAAGUGUCGAAGUACGGUAUUACGAGAGGAAAUCGCCGUUAACGAUCGCCGACAAAGCCAUCGAGUCGUACAGUAAUGUUGGUUUUCAAUUUCCGAUUCUUUGGAUUCCUUUGCCAAUUUAACUCGUACUUUGGUUGCAGAUCGAGCCGGGCGACUGCAUCGUGUGCUUCUCGAAGCGUUCAGUGUUCUUCAACUCGAAAAAGCUGGAGGAGAACGGAAUCAAGCCGGCCGUGAUCUACGGAGACCUGCCGCCGGGCACGAAACUCGCGCAGGCGGCCAAAUUCAACGACGAGCACGACGCGUGCAGUGUGCUCGUCGCGACGGACGCCAUCGGAAUGGGACUCAAUCUCAACAUCCGCAGAGUCAUCUUCAACUCGUGCACCCGUCAGUCCGAGCUGCUGCCCACCUAUGCGGCACUUCAGAUCGCCGGAAGGGCUGGGAGGUACGGUGCACCAAAAAAGUAACCAAAGUAUUAAAUUCCAAAAAAAAUGCCCCCGAAUUAUGAUGAAUUUUGCGAAAAGACGACGAGAAGUACACGCGAUAGUAGUAGUUCGACUGAUUCAGAUUCGGAACCGCCUACGCAAACGGAGUGGCGACGACGAUGCGAAAAGAGGAUUUGAGCACUUUGAAGGCGAUACUGGCGGAAAAAGUGAGCUCAUCUGACAAAAGAAUAUCAGUUUCAAACUUUGAUUAAAAAAACGAAAGUUCCCUUCUAAAAUCGAUGAUUUCCCUUGCAUGUUUCAAGCCAUUCUAUGUCAGAACAGAAUUGUUCUUGUGAAUAUGAAAACGUUGCAGAUCGAGCCGAUCGGAUCGGUGGGCAUCGCGCCGACGUACGACCAGAUCGAGACGUUCUCGUUCCACCUGCCGCAGGCCUCUUUCGUCCGUCUCCUCGACCUGUUCGUGUCCGUCUGCUCCGUCUCCGACCAUUUCUUCAUUUGCACCGUGUACGACAUGCGCGAGUUGGCGGUCCUCAUCGAUCAGAUUCCGUUGCCGUUGAAAGUGAGGUACACGUUCUGCACGUCGCCGUUGAACACGGACGACAAACGGACCGCCGCCGCGUUCGUCAAAAUGGCCAGGAGGUACGGACAAAGAUAUUUUUAAAUUGUGUGCAAAAUGGCCUAAAAAUUGCAGAUUUUCGACGGGCCAGGCGCUCACAUUCGAAUGGCUCAUGGAUAUGCUCGGAUGGCCUCCGAAGCCGGCCACAAACAUCACCGAACUCGCCGUGCUCGAACAGGUAUUUUUUGGGUUUAUUUAAGGCCUGGGCGAAUGAUCCGCUUCCCGCUGUCUGAGAAAAUGAAAACAAAAAUGCAGGGUGUACGAAAUCUCUUGAAAUCAACUCGCCUUUCUCUCGGCUUCACUGAAACCCUUUCGAAAUAUUCUUCGAAAAACAUUACUGUUGUUGCAGACGUACGAAAUAAUGGACCAGUACAAGUGGUUGUCGAUGCGAUUCCCCGACAUGCUGCCCGAUGAGCCACGUGUCAGAGAGGCCAGUCGACUGUUGGAUUCCAUGAUUCAGGUACAGUAAUCCUCAGCGGAUUUUCCUCUGGCUUCCGCUCGAAUAGGCCUAGUCAAAGAAUCUCUAGAGGAACUUUUCCAAUCUCAAUUCCAAAAUGUGAAUUGUUUGCAGGAAGGAGUCGAAGGAUUCAUGGGUCUUUUGUCCGCCCACGCGGAUCCAUCAAACCCACAAAAGUACUCGAAAUCACCGGAAACAACCACGGAAAAUGUGAAAAAAUCGCCGCGGAAAUCGUCGAUACUGGAGUCGCUGCUCAAAAGAGCCGACAUUUCCGAAGCGGAUUUGGAGCAAUUGAGGGAGGAAUUGAACAGCAAAAAAACGUAA